GAAGAAGGACUUCCAUGAAGACCAGCUGGCACAGGCAGUGAUGGAGAGACUCUCUGACUCAAGUUCGGAUUGCUCCAGCUUAAGGGAGCACUGGGCUUACGAUGUUCUGUUGGAGAGGCAGCUGGUUGUGUUUCUAAGCCAGACCUCAUCUCUCUACUGGAGCAAGGGAAGAAGGAUCCCUGGAUGGUGAAAAGAAUGCUGACAGGAGGACUGCUCUCAGGCCAACAGUCUAUAUAUGAGAUCCAGGAAUUAUGUCCUAAGCAGAAUGUAUUUGAUGAAGUAACAGACAAAACUUCAAGUACUAUUGUGGAAUCUUCUACAUUUAGAGCAAAUUUUUCUUCCUUGGGUUCCUUUGAAAGGACACUGGUAAGUGAGGACAUAGCAUUCCAGCAGGGGACAUUCAUUCAUAACAAAUCCUUCACUAGGGAAAGAGAGUGUUUCUAUAACAAACCUGGAAGAUGGCUCAAUCUAGAGGGCUCAGAAGAGAGCAUUCAUAAUCAUGAUAACCUUAAGAGAACUUUUUCAAAAAAUUCAAUGGCUAUAAAACAUACAGGAAUCUAUGCAGGAAAAAAGCUUUUCAAAUGUAAUGAAUGUAAGAAAACUUUCACUCAGAGCUCCUCCCUUACAGUCCAUCAGAGAAUUCAUACAGGAGAAAAACCCUAUAAGUGUAAGGAAUGUGGAAAGGCCUUUAGUGAUGGCUCAUCCUUUGCUCGUCAUCAAAGAUGUCACACUGGCAAGAAGCCUUACGAGUGUGUUGAGUGCGGGAAAGCCUUCAUACAGAACACGUCCCUUAUUCGUCACUGGCGGUACUACCACACAGGGGAGAAACCCUUUGAUUGCACUGAUUGUGGGAAGGCCUUUAGUGACCACAUAGGACUUAAUCAACACAGGAGAAUUCACACAGGGGAGAAGCCCUACAAAUGUGACGUCUGUGACAAAUCCUUCAGGUAUGGCUCUUCCCUUACUGUGCACCAGAGGAUUCACACCGGAGAGAAGCCGUAUGAAUGUGAUAUAUGUAGGAAAGCCUUCAGCCAUCAUGCCUCACUUACUCAGCAUCAGAGAGUACAUUCUGGAGAAAAGCCGUUCAAGUGUCAGGAAUGUGGGAAAGCUUUUCGGCAGAAUAUCCAUCUUGCCAGUCAUCUAAGGAUUCAUACUGGAGAGAAACCCUUUGAGUGUGGUGAGUGUGGGAAGUCCUUUAGCAUUAGCUCUCAGCUGGCCACGCACCAGAGAAUCCACACUGGAGAGAAGCCGUACAAGUGUAAGGUGUGUAGUAAGGCCUUCACGCAGAAAGCCCACCUGGCACAACACCAGAAAACACAUACGGGAGAGAAACCAUACGAGUGCAGAGAAUGUGGGAAGGCCUUUAGCCAGACCACACACCUCAUUCAGCACCAGCGGGUUCACACUGGGGAGAAGCCCUAUAAGUGUGCUGAGUGUGGCAAGGCCUUUGGCGACAACUCUUCCUGUAUGCAGCAUCAGAGGCUGCACACAGGCCAACGACCUUAUGAGUGUAUUGACUGUGGGAAGGCAUUCAAGACAAAGUCGUCUCUCAUCUGUCACCACAGAAGUCAUACUGGGGAGAAACCAUACGAAUGUAGUGUGUGUGGCAAAGCGUUCAGCCAUCGUCAGUCUCUCAGUGUCCAUCAGAGAAUUCAUUCUGGGAAGAAACCAUAUGAAUGCAAGGAAUGUAGGAAAACCUUCAUCCAGAUUGGACACCUUAAUCAACACAAACAAGUCCAUACAGGAGAGAGAUCCUACAAUUACAAGAAAGGCAGAAAAAUUUUUAGGCAAUCCUCACACUUUGCUCAUCAAAGAAUCCAUACUGGAGAGUCAUCCGCCCACCCCUCCUUACCACCCACAUCAAACCCAGUAGGUUUGUUUCCUAAAUUUCUCUCUCCCAUCACCCUAGUUUGAAUUACACAUUUCAGCCAGAACUCUGCAGUUGUCUGAAAAGGGGGCUCUUCUCUGUUGUGUUAACAUGCUCGUUCUUCCAUUGUCAGGUUUCUUUUGGUCUAAAUGCUAUUUAUCCAUGUCAAACUUACAUUGAAAUCUUAUAAUUGAUUAACACGUAAGACACGCAUAGCAUAGUGCCU